AUGAAAAAAAUAAAUUUUUGUAGAUAUAACUUUUAUUUUAUUUAUACAUUAUCAUGUCUUAGUGAUCGUUUAUGGUCAUUUGCCAUAAUCUUUAUCUUAGAAAAAAUAGGUGGUUUAAAAUUAAUUGCUAUUUCUCAAUUAAUUAAUGGUUUAGCUACUAUUUUUUUGUCAGGAAUUCUUGGAAAAUGGUUAGAUAAUCAAAAUCGAAUGAAAUCUAUAAGUGUUGUAUUAUUUUUAAAUAAUAUUUUUGUAUCUUUAUGUGCAAUAACUUAUAUGUUUAUUUUAAGAAUAAAAAAUGAAAGUUAUGAUAAUACAUUUGAUAUGCUAAUAUAUAUUGGUUUAAUAUUAAAUUCAAUAAGUGAAGUUGCAUCACAAGCAGAAAGAAUGUUAUUAUCAAAAGAUUGGAUUUUGGUAAUAAUUGAUAAUGAUAAAAAUAAAUUAAGUAAAAAAAAUGCAACAAUGACAAUAUUGGAUCAAAUUAUGUGUGUCAUUGCACCAAUAUUAAUUGGAAUUUUAUUAAAAACAAUUAAUUAUGAUAUAAUUUGUAUUAUAUUUAUGGUAUGGAAUUUAAUUUCAUGGAUAAUAGAAUAUUUUUUAAUAAGAAAUUUAUAUAUGGAAAACGUUAAAUUACAACAAAAUAAAGAGAAAAAUAAAAUUAAAAAUGAUGAAAAAAUUUCAUUAAUAAACGUAAUUCAAAUAUAUUUUUCACAAUCUACUUUUUAUCAAUCUUUAGCUUUAUCAUUAUUAUAUAUGACAGUUCUUGCUUUUGAUGGUCUUUCAUUAGCAUAUGCAAAAAGUCAAAAUAUUACUGAAGAUAUUUUAGGAGUUUUUAGAGGAAUAAGUUCACUUACAGGUAUUGUUGGUGCAUUCAUUUAUAUGAAAUUAGAAAGAAAAAUUGAAGCAUCUGCUUCAAGUUUAUGUGGACUUUUAAUUCAACAAUUUUUUAAUUAUUGUUGCUUAAUUUCACUUGUAUUACCUGGGACACCUUUUGAUCCUAUAAAAUAUUUUGAUGAAUGGAAUUUUAGUAAUUGGAGUUCUAAAAUUUUUUCCACAAAUAGUCAAGUAAUAAAUUCACCAAAUACAGUUGAAUCUAAUUUAUCUACAACUAAUCCAAGUGUAUGGGUUUAUUUAAUAACUAUUACAUUUUCUCGAAUAGGUUUAUGGCUUACAGAUUUAGCUAUAACACAUCAAAUGCAACAAUCUGUAAAAGAAAAUAAUCGUGGUUCAGUUUUUGGCUUUCAAAAUAGUUUGUGCAAUUUUUUCUCAACUAUUAAAGACAUUUUUGUAAUAUUAUUUCCUGAUAUUAGAACAUUUGGAAUUUUAAUGAUUAUAUCUGUUGCAGUUGGGACAAUUUCUUUAAUCAUAACUUUUUAUUCAUUUAUUAGAAAAAAACAUUAA